AUGAUUUUCAAAAAAUUGCAUCCGGUCGGAGAUGCAGAAUUCAUUGGUUCAGAACCUUCACAUACCUUAAGAAAUUGUGACAAAAAGAUGGCUGAAAAUGAAACAAAGAAAAAGGUUAUCUUUGCAGUUGGGAAUAAGAGAAUUAUCUUCUCUGAUUCUGCGUUUCCCACUUUUGCUGAAGAACUAGAGUCUUUAUAUAAAGAUGAAGACCAUCAUGAUGAUGAUGGAAACGAAUCUGACCCACCUUCAGCCAAAGCCAGCACUACAUUACCGGAUUCCAAUUCCAACUCUUUCUUUUCAUCAUCUUCCAAAGCCAUCCAUUUAGAUUCCGAUUCCGACAAUCAAUGGCAUGGAUUCUUGAAAAAAAUUAAAAAAGGGUCAACCUCAUUCCAUCCUAGCCUGCAUUCCAUUAAGAGACUAACAAGGAAAAAAAGCAGGAAAUUGAGUGAAUGCAUACCAGACCUACCUCAAAUUAACAUGGAUGCUGAAUUGCAUUGUUUUGAAGCAUCAUGGAAAAAUUUCUCACUUGAAGAUCUGGAAUCUGCAACCAACAAUUUUAGCCGUGAAUACUUAAUUGGAGAGGGAGGGUAUUCAGAAGUUUACAAGGGUCAUUUAGAAGAUGGGCAACUUAUAGCAGUGAAAAGACUAACCAGAGGGGGCAUGCAUCUUGUUCUUCCUUUGUCACAUCAUGGAAGCUUAGCAUCUCUUCUUAGUGGUCAUAAUAAUCAACUGGAAUGGGGAGUGAGAUUUAAUAUUGCCAUAGGCGCUGCUUCAGGUCUUUCGUAUCUUCAUGAGGGUUGUCAACGGAGGAUUAUUCAUAGGGAUAUUAAGGCAGCUAAUGUUUUGCUUUCAGAGGAUUUUGAACCUAAGAUUUCUGAUUUUGGGUUGGCAAAAUGGCUACCGGAUCAAUGGAUGCACCUCACUGUAUCACAACUUGAAGGGACAUUCGGGUACCUUGCUCCCGAGAUUUUCAUGAAUGGUUUAAUUGAUGAGAAAACCGACGUGUAUGCUUUUGGUGUACUUUUGUUAGAGAUUAUCACCGGACGCCCUGCUGUCGAUGAGUCACAACAUAGUCUCGUUAUGUGGGCUAAACCAUUAAUCGCUUCAAAAAACUUUCAAGAACUUCUUGACCCACAACUUUCUGGUGCUUGUGACUUGGACCAGUUAAAUUGCAUUGUGUCAAUUUCUUCCCUAUGCAUUAAUCAUAUCCCAACCGAACGUCCUAAAAUGAGCCAGGUUUAUAGGAUGCUAAAUGGCGAUGAAGGCAUACUUAAUAGCAAAAGAAGGUUUUUAAAGAGGACUGCCUUCAGAAGGGGGUCAUCCGUGGAGCUAUAUGCUGAAGAUUAUGAUCCAGAAGACUUAUUACAACCAGAUGAUUUAAAUCAACAAAACCAAAUCGCAUUGGAGCUUUAGAAUUUGUCUUUUUUGGAUUAUAUUUACUUAAUCCAUGCAUCCAGAUGUUGUUGACUUGAGUUGUGUUUUUUUUCUAUUUCUUCCUUUAUGGAAUAGAAUUAGAAUAUAUGCACAAAGCCUCCAACAUAAACCAAUCACGCAUUGGCUCGCGGAUUUUAAAUCCGCACCUCACUCAAGGUAACAUAAAGUUGCAUUUUAUUUCAACUGAUUACCAAUUUGCUCAUCUGUUUACAAAAUGACAAGAGAAUUUGCUAUAGAAAUGACAAGAGAAUCACCAAAUUAUGUACAUUUUGAUUAUUGGUGCUCUUAAUGUAAUUGUUCC